CUCACCGAGUCACCACCACGACAACGAACAACAAAAACAAAAAAUAAAAACGCCGAGAAAUACUGGAAAAAAAGAAAAAAAACCGCGAUGAGCGAUCAGCAUCCACGGUUGAACCACCUCCGCAGCACCUCCCAGCUCCUCCGACAAGCCACGACGUCGUUCGCCGGCAACCUCUUCACCUUCGUCUUCCUCUCCCUCCUCAUCUUCUCCUUCCGUACGGUCAUCGAAAAUGGGACCCACCUCCUCACAUCCUUCGUCGACCGCGACCCUUCUCUCAAAUCCCUCCUCUCCCGCCUCGAUCUCGCUGGCGCCGGAAAUCCCAACCACCGGUCUCCCCGAUCUCCGGCCGAGUCCCCUUCUCCAAUCACUCUCCGCCGCCGACACCGCCCAUUUCUCCACCUCACCCGGGUCGGAACCUUAGACGAGGAUUUCUUCUCCGGUGAUGACGACGACGCCCGCUCCCUCUUCGGCCCCAAUCGGAUCGCCCCCAUCCUCAUUUUCUCCUCCUCCUCUCACUCCACCUCCAAAUUAGGGUUUAAUGGAACUUACGGGACUAGGGUUUCUGAAAUUGUGCGCUCCGGCCUCACGUUCAAGGCCGAGAAAUUCACCAUUUCCGAUGAUAGUGCUAGAGACAGAGAUAGCGACGGAGAUAGCAAGGACCGAGAAGAGAAAGGCGGCGAUGAAGACAUGGACAAUCGGGCUGUCGAUUUGCAAUUCUUCAUCAAGGGAUUGGAGCUAGGUCGCCAGGACGUGGCGACGUUGUUCUUCCUUGAGUUCUUAUCCGCAGCUUACGGUUGGGUAAUUCUAGGGUUUCUUGUAACGUAUUCAUGGGUUCUUGGCAUUGUUUUUACCACAGUUGUGAAUGAUCUGAUCGGGCGGUUUACUUCGUUUAUUGGUCUGGUUUGGGAUGGGUCCAGAUUGGGCAUCAAGAGGCUCUCUGGGUUCAUUCUCAUGAGGUGGGCGGUGAGAGAUGCUCUCACUCAGCUUCUGGGAUUGUGGUAUUUCAGCGAAAUUGAGGACCAGUACUCUUUUUUCAAGCUAUUUAUCAGGUUAAAGUUGAUGCCUUUUUCGGUUAUGCCUCCCUGGAUUCGAGGUUAUGAGAAGGAGAUUACUGGGUUUUUGUUUAUGUGGUACUUCUUGGAUACAUUGGUGGCAUUCGUAUUUUCUGUCGAUGCAUGGGUUGCCAUAGUGGAUUCAAGGAAGAGUGGGAGAGAGAUUGUCAAGGAAGGCUGUCAUUUAAUGUUGUCAAUGUUGAGCCAAGCUAUCCAAAUUAAGUGUUUAGAAUCUAUAUUUUGUGGGGGAUCUGUAAGAUGGGCUUUAACUCGAAUUUGUGGAAGAUCGUUUGCCAAGCUCUUUCAGUCGACUGUGGAAGUUUACUUUAUGGUGGCUUGGCUCAUAUUUUACUUUGCAGCGAGGGCGAGGAGUAGAGAUGCUAGUUCUCAGGGGGAGAGGAUUGGAGCCCUAGAUUGAGGGCCUUAGAUACUUGGCAGUAUUGGCUUGCAGUUUUUCUUGCAGACUUCGAUUGUAACACUACAUUACUGGUAAUCUUUCAGUGCUCCGUGUUCCUGCUUUGGAUUCCCUGAUAUUCCGCACUGCCAUUGUUUGGUGUAGUUUGCUAGACAGAUGUUGUUGCAUGUACUUUACCUCAAGGCAGUAUACAAUCUGUGUAUUGCCUUGCACAAGAAUACUUCAUGUGUAAAUGACGUUGCAAUCAUUGUUUUAAUUCUCUGCAUUGUAUGUUACUUUUGAUGAUGAUAAUGAAAGAAAUCAGAGUCGUCAGUGUGAGACUGACUUAGAUUGUUGUAGUAUUGAUCUUUCUGUCGCUUUAUUAUGGAAGAAAUUCUUUUUAAAGAUA